GCAGCGGCCCGUCCCACCUUCUCUUGUAGAUAUUUUGAGCGAACAAUGACAGUCACGAUUUCGGCUGUCAUUCUUGCCGUGACAAACAAAAUUCAGACUCAUUCCGCGUUUGCUGUUUUUAAUAAGUUGCAUAGCUAGUGCCCGUACAAGAUGUAUCCGAUGGGAGGUAACUCGAUGGCCGGUCCGUUCUGGAGCAAUGGCCCCGCUCCGGGCGCGUUCUACAACUUCCCCGGCAGCACGGUCGCUGGCGGUGCGAUGCAGGCGCGAUCGGACACUCCCGGCGAUUUUGGCACACAGCGGUCCUACUACCCCGUCACCACCGGCACCUCCGUCGUCGGGCUGAUGUUCAAGGAUGGUGUGAUCAUUGCGGCCGAUAAGCUGAUCUCGUACGGGUCGCUUGCCCGGUUCCACGACGUCGACCGGGUGUAUCGCAUCAACGACAAGACGGUGCUCGGUAUCGGGGGCGACUUUGCCGACUUCCAGUACAUCAAGCGUCACAUCGACCAGAAGGUCAUCGACGAUCAGUGCCUGGACGAUAAGAACGAGAUGAAGCCACGCUCGUUCUACAACUGGCUCACGCGGGUCAUGUACAACCGGCGGUCGGAAUUCCAGCCGCUCUAUCUCGAUCUCGUCAUCGGCGGCAUGCAGGACGGCGAACCGUUCCUGGGGCACGUGAAUCUGCGCGGCCGCUCGUACACGAGCAACGUGGUGGCGACGGGGUACGGUACCCAUCUGGCGCUGCCGCUGUUGCGCGAGUGGUCGGAGAAUCCGACCGCCUACCAGACGCUCGGCCAGCCGGAAGCGAACGAUCUGAUGAAGCGCGUGAUGGAGGUGCUGUGGUACCGGGACUGCCGCAGCGACCCGAAGUACUCGCAGGCGGUCUGCACGGCGGACGGCGUCAAGGUCGAUGCCGACUGUUUCGUCGCCCAGAACUGGGAGCUGGCCCAUACGAUCAAGGGCUACUAAGCCGGGUGUGUGUGUGUGUGUGUGUGGUGAAGCAGAGGGGGUUUGGAGUAUAAUUUACGGAAACAUCUUCUAAUAAAAGCAAGCGGUGAAAGGCUUUGAUGCGUAUUAAAAUUA